AUGAAUGAAGAAAGUCAAGAUUUAAAUAGGAAUAUUGAACAACAACAACAACACCAACAACAACAAGAAGAAGAAGAAGAAAAAGAGGAAGAAGUCUCACACACUGAGAAUAUUAUAGAGCUGAAAUAUGAAAAUAUAGAACCCGAUCAAACACAAAACCCAAAUAUUAUUUUAGAACCAAAUAUAGAACCAAGAGAAAAUAAAAAUAAUAAAAAUUUUAAAAUUAAAAAAAAUAAUAGUAAUAAUAAAAAUAGUAAUGGUAGAGGUUUUAAUAAAUAUUAUAGUGAUGAAGAAGAUAAUGGUGUAAAUAAUAAUAAUAAUAAUAAUAAUAACAACAAUAAUAAUAAUAAUAGUAAAUUGGCCUUUAAUUUUAAGAAUAAAAAUAGUAAAGCUCAAUACAGUGGUGAAGAGGUUGAAGAAGACGAAGACGAUGAGAAUUCCUCUUCAGCAUUAGCACCAAUUUUAAUUCAUUUACAGCAAACACCAGAAAUGGAGCCACAUGACGAUCAUCCACAUGGUGGAUAUCAUGGAGGUCACCACGGAGGUUAUCAUCACCAUCAUGGAGGUCAUGGAGGUCAUGGAGGUCAUGGAGGUCACCACGGAGGUUAUCAUCAUCACCAUGGAGGUCAUGGAGGUUAUCAUGGAAACCCACAUCAUCAUGGAGGUCAUGGUGGCUAUCAUGGUGGCUAUCAUGGACAUCCUGAAUACAAUAAUAAUAAUAAUAAUAAUAAUAAUAAUAAUAAUAAUAAUAAUAAUAAUAAUAAUAAUAAUAAUAAUAAUAAUAAUGGCACCUAUCCAUUUACUCCAAAUAAUAAUAAUAAUAAUAAUAAUAAUAAUAAUAAUAACAAUAAUAAUAAUAGACCAAUAUCACCUUUAUCUGAUAUUGAGGGAAAUAAAAAAAGGAAUAAAGCAACAACAACAACAACAUCUGCUCCCAUUCCAACAUUAUCCUCAACUUCAACAACAACUACAACAACAGGUAUUUCCCCACCACCUUAUAAAACCAUGGAACAACAUUAUAGAGGUAAACAAGCCAAACUUAGAUAUUAUAAAAAAAGAGAUGAUUCCGAUCAACAACAACAACAACAACAACAACAGGAUGAAGAACCUGAAGAGAUUGAAGAAAUUCACGAAGGAACACAAAAUCAAUUCACUCAACCAUACACUUAUCCAACUCACCCAAUGUUCCCUCAUCAUCCACACCAUCCUCAUCCACACCAUCCUCAUCCACACCAUCCUCAUCCACAUCCACACCAACACCCACAUUCACAUCAUCCACACCAACAUCCACAUCAUCCACAUCAACGACCACCACCACAGUAUGGUUAUAAUAAUAAUAAUAACAAUACUAAUAAUACUAAUAAUAAUAAUAAUAAUAAUACUAAUAAUAAUAAUAAUAAUAAUAAUAAUAAUAAUAAUAAUAAUAAUAAUAAUAAUAAUAAUAAUAAUAAUAAUAAUAAUAACAACAAUAAUAAUAUUAAUAGUAAUAAUAAUAGUAAUAAUGCUGCCCAACAAACUCAACCAUCUCAACAACCACCUCAAGAAUAUAAUGACCAAAAUACAGCAGCAAUAAAUUUAAAUAAUGGAAUGGAAGAUUCGACAAGUUUACCAAUUAUUCAUUUAGGAGCGACUAAUGGUAUUAUAGAGUUAAGUGCUCAUCCAGAUAUGGAUGAUGAACAUGAAAUGGAAAUGAUGGAUCAUCAAUUACAUCAUCAUCAUAUGCUUCAAAAUCCUGAUAUGCCAUCAACUUCAACCAAUACAUCAUCAGCAGUUCCCUAUGGACAUCAUCAUCACCACCAUCAUGGUAAAGAGCAUAAAAGAUUAAAAAGAGAUAAAAAAGAUAAAGAAAACAACAAUGAUGACAAAGAACCAAAAGUUCCAAAAACUAAAAAAGAUAAAGAACUUAAGAAUAAAGAUAAGGAUAAAGAUUCAAAGCUUGAAUUGGAGCCUAAAGACAGAGAUAAAAAAGAUAAAGAAUUGAAAAGAGAAUUAAAAAGACAACAAAAAGAAAAGGAAAGAGAAGAAAGAGAAGAAAAAGAUGAAACCAUUAGAAAUCGUACACCAAAUGCAAUUAAACAAAAGAAAUAUAGAGAUGGUUUAAAAAAGAAACAAGAAGAACAUGAAAGGAAAUUACAAGAUUUAGAAUCUGAAUGUAUGUUUCUAAGAAGAGAAGCUGACCGAUAUAAAAUUAUUGAAGCUCAAAGAAAUGCAUAUGCUAAAGAAUUAAUUAAAAUUAAAGGUCCAAAUGGUUUAAAUGAUAUUUUUAUUGAAAAUCAAGCACAAUUUAUUCCACAACAACAUUUAUAUCAACAUCAUAUUGAACAACAACAACAAUACCAACAACAAUCACAACAACCACAACAACAACAUGCAAAUAAUAAUAAUAAUAAUAAUAAUGUACAUUUAAAUAAUAAUAAUAAUAAUAAUAAUAAUAAUAACCAUCAUCAACAUAUUGUUAGCGGUGGUAAAAGUAAUACAACCAUUCCAAUUAAUAUAUAUAAUCAACACAAUUAUAAUUCACAUACUCUUUCAGAUAGUGAUAAUCAUUUGGUUGAGUCAUUAUCAAAUUCAAUUUUCAAUUUCAAAGAUUUAAUUGCAUCCCUUAAAGAGAAAAGAAAGAGUAAUUUCAUACCAGAUGAAACUGAACUCACUGAUGAUGAAAGUGGUGCAAUUUCAAUCGUUCUACAAGAUAAUAUCGUUGAAAAUGUCGUUGUUCAAGAUAAAGAUGUUAAUUUAACAACUGAUGAAACUAUGCAAACUAUUGAACAAGAAGAUAUGAUGCAAGAUCAAACAGGUAAUCAACAACAACCACCACCACCACAACAACAACAACAACAACAACAACAACAACAACAACAACAACAACAACAACAACAACAACAACAACAACAACAACAACAAGAACCAAUAGAUGAUCAACAUAUGGAAAAAAAUAAUAAUAAUAAUAAUAAUAAUAAUAGUAACAGCAUUGGUAAUAAUAAUAAUAAUAAUAAUAAUAAUAAUAAUAAUAAUAAUAAUAGUAACAGCAUUGGUAAUAAUAAUAAUAUUUUAACAAACUCAACAAUUAAAAAGAAUAUAGCAAAACUUGAAUGUAGUGGUGUUAGUGAUGAACACUUUUCAUCUUAUUUCUUUAGUAGAAAAGAUUUAUUCCCUGCAUUAAGUGAAACUACGAUUGUAAAUUUAGGUGAUGAUGUUUUUAUUUGUACUCGUUCACUUGAAUGUAAAAAUAUUUCAAAUCAUGGUGUUUGUAAUAAAUGUGGUAAUGUUAGAAAACAAUUCAUCCAAAAGAGAGAUCAAGAACAACUCUCUCAUUUCGAUAAUAGUUGCACCAUUAGUAAUAGUGUUAAUAGUGGCGGUAAUGGUAGUAAUAGUGUUAACAAUACCUCCACCCCAUUAAUACCUUCACCACCACCACCACCAUCAUUACAACUGCUCAAUACAACCACCACCAAUAAUAAUAAUAUUAAUAACAAUAAUAAUAAUAACAAUAAUAAUAAUAAUAAUAAUAACGAUGCUUCAAUUAGUAGUACCACUACUACAACCACUACCACAACUACCACAACUGCUACCACUGCACCUUCAAAUUGCAAAAGAAAAAGACAAAAGAAAAUAUCUGAACCUUUAUCACCACUUCAAAAUCCACCUCAAGUGACAUCAAGAUUACCAGCUAAUAAAUUAACUUCAAAAUUAGAAUUACAUUACGACGAAAAUGAUUAUAAUGACGACGAAGAUGAAGAUGAGGAUGAAAAUGAAAGUGAAUCACAACAACAAUUUCAACAACAAUUUCAACAAAAGCCAUCACUUAUAUUACAGCAAACACCAAAACAACAACAACAAGAAGAAUUGCAACCAGGAAUAAAACUAUGUAAUUAG